CCCGGAAGGGGCCGGGCGGGCGUCGGACGCGGAGUGGCGGUUUGCUGGCCUGGCUUUCCGCAGUAGCCCGGGGAGUUUGAGUGUGAGGAGGUCCGCGGCGCGGCGGGCUCCAGGCUUCUCAGGUUCCCCCGCCCUCCUGCACCGACGGGGCCGCGCUUCUCGCCGCCGCAGAAGUCAGACGCCGGGAGGUAUGGCGCCCCUCAAGAAACCCCGGAAUCCCUCCAAAUUGCCCCUGGCUUUAAACCCCAGGAAGAGCAAGGACGUUUUGGCAGUGCUGGCUGAGAGGAACCAGGCCAUAGUACCAAUUGGGGCAUGGGUGGAACCUGCCUCACCAAAUUGCUCGGAAAUCCCAGCACAUACUUCAGCAUACAUGAUUGAAGAGGAAAUAAAGGAACAGCAACGAAGAAAACAAGAAUCUUUGAAACAUUUUCAGAGGCAAGUCAAACGCCGGGUAAAUGAGCAAGUUAAGCUGAGGAGAAAGCACCAGCUUCAGCAGUCUUACAAAGCAGCAGAAAAGGAAGGCUCUAUAGCCAUGCGAUGUUCAGAUUCAGCACAUUUAACUCCUAAAAGGACAAGUGUUUUCCCCAGCAAUUUGAACACUGCUGUUGGAAGUUGUAGGUUACCCGCUUCCCAGGUGCUUGGGGAUGCAACAGAAGACAGAGAGAAUCAGAAUCAGUUGUUUCAACAACAAGCUCAAGCUCUUAGUCAGACUAUGAAACAGGCGCGUCACCAGCUGGCAUCCUUUAAAACUGUGAGUGAAAAAAAGACUUCAGUGUUUCUAGGUGGUAGAAGGAAAAGCUCUCCUACCCAACAGAAAGCACUUCUUAGGAAACCAGCAUGCAUCAAGAUAAAUAAAGAAACAAGAGAGGAACCGCCCAGUAAGAUCCAUGAAGGCCCUUUAACUACAAUGCAUUACCAAAACUUUAUGGAAAAUCAGGACCUUAGCUGUGGGGAACUUUCAUCUGUUGUGACAGAUGAGGAGACAGAAGAUUUGUUUGUGGGUUACCAGCAGGAUCUCCUUUCUGAAAACAAAGAAAAGACUCUCAGCAAAGUUCAGAAAGUAAAAUUCAAAAAUCCAUUAUUUGUUGUGAUAAAAGAAGAUGAACAAAAGCAAUUACGUCUUCACACUCUUCAGGCUUUUCUUCCAGAAGCCCAGGAUUAUCUUGGAGAAGUUCAAGACAAUUGUCCAGGAUCCCAGAGUGAUGUAAUUGAUGUCCUUAAUGUUGAGCCCAAAGCUUCAAGUGUUGAACCUGAAGUUCCAAGUGUUGAGCCAAAUACCCAGGUCACUGGAACCGAGUUGAAGGCCACCCAGCCAGAAGGCCAGGCUCUCAGGACAGAAACUGAGGACAUUCUUGAAGCCCAGACUGUUGAGCUACAUGUUGAGUUGGAAGCCCAGGAUUUUCUGCCCAAAUGUCAAGACCAGGACUCUUUCCACAAAGACCACGAUGUUCUCCCUGAAUACGGGAAUGUUCUACCUAAAUGUCAGGACCAGCAUUUUCUACCAGUAGACCAGGAAUUUCUACCUAGAAACCAGCUUGGUUUACCUGAAGAACAGAGUCACCCACUUAAAUAUCAGAACCAGGAUCUCCCAUCUAAAGAACAGAGGUUCCUGCCCAGAUACCAGUAUAUUUUACCUAUAUAUCAGGACAGAAGAGGUCCGCAUGUUCUUCCUAAAUGUCAGGACCAUUAUGUUCUUUCCCAAGACCAGAAUAAUCUGCAUAAAUGCCAGGAGCAGGACCUUCCACUCCAAAGCCAGGACAUGUUUCUCAAGCACCCUUCAACUUUGAUGAAAGAAGAGAGAGAGGAUGAGGAGUUACCUCUGGAGUGUCAUCAGUAUGCUCCACCUCAGAUCCAGGACCAAGUCUUCUUUAGAGAACAGUACAGGAGCUAUGAGCAGGCAUCAUGUGAUAUGACAGAUGAAAGAUGGAGAAAGGAGUUAUAUCCAGAGUACUACAGAUGUGGUUUACAUGAAAUCCAGGAUCCAGGCUCUGCCAGCAAGCAGAGCUUACAUUUUAGGCAGCAGCCAUCUGUUAAUACAUCUAAAAAGUGGCAAGAGGAUUUACAUCUUGGUGGUCAUGAACAUCUUCCACCCAGACACCAGAGAGAUACAUGCAGCAGGCGACAGCAGGUGUUUGAGGAGUGUCGGUCAGGACUGAGCACUGAAUACCACGCUCUACUGGCAUUUCAGUCUGGAGUGGAUCAAGAAGAAGACAAGAAAGAGCGUCAAAAGCAAUACCUGAGACACAGGAGGCUUUUCAUGGAUAUUGAGAGAGAACAAGUGAAAGAACAAAACAGACAAAGGGAACAAAAGAAAAGAAUUGAAAAAAUUAAGAAAAGGAAAGAACAGCAGCGCUAUGCUGAAGAACAGAGACUCCUAAGAAUGCAUUGUCAUGAAGAACCUUAUUCAGAAGAGAAGAUAAGUGAUGUUUUAGCCCAGUUACAACUUGAAGAAAUAAAAGGAGCCAGGGAAAAACAGCACCGGAAAGAAAAAGAAUAUGUAAGAUAUGUAGAAGCUUUACGAGCCCAGGUCCAGGAGAAAAUGAAGCUUUAUAAUAUCACUUUACCUCCUUUAUGCUGUUGUGGUCCUGAUUUCUGGGAUGCUCACCCUGAUACCUGUGCCAACAAUUGCAUUUUCUAUAAAAACUACAGAGCAUAUAACCGGGCGUUGCAUUCAGUCAUCAAUUCUUCUGAUAUCUCCGAGGGGAAUGCAACUCUUCGAAAUGCCAUUCGUAAUUUUGCUUCUGUACAUAGACGGACUUCAAAAAAAAGUCUCCAAUGAAAUCAAUGCCAAUGACUGCUGAAGAAUGUCAACAGAAUGCUAUGUCACAUAGAAAACCACAAGACAACCUGAAGCUGUUGGGAACCAUCACAGUGUUCUAGCCUCACAGUGCAUACAUUGAACUACAGCCCUUCCAAAAGGCAUCUUCUCCAUGCCAAGCAAGGAGCAUUAAGAGUUUGUUUUUGUUUACUCUACAAAUUACAGAUAUGUGUAGUUUUCAACUCAGGGUUUUCAGCCAAUGGCCAUGCUAAUGUCACCUCACAAACUGAAAACAAGAUGCCAGAAACAUCUUCAAAUGCCCUAUCAUACCACUGUGACUGUGGUCAGAUUCUAAACUAAACCCAAUGAGGAGAGUAGAUACAGCUCAGACAAGAUGUGUGGAUCAUAGCACUCCCCUCUCCAUGGUAUUUGCAAGGAGACACAUAAACACUUUUAGCUGAGAAUGGUGAUACAUGCCUGUAAUCCCAGUACUAUGGGGAGGCUGAU